UUAAUAAUUAUCAGUUCAAUCGAAGUGCUCAGAUAGUUAAGAUUAGUUUUUCUUAUCUUAAUAAGUUAAUGUUGAUCAACUUUGAUGAUAAAUUGUCAAUGAAAGUGUACAAAAUACACGAAAAAGUAUAAUCAUGUUUGACAAUUAUUUAAAUUUCAUCAAUUUAAUUGUGAUUUUAUUGAGUUUUUUUGUGGUGAAAAAACUUUUCGAUUUCAUCAGAUAUUUAAAGCCUUUUUUGAAACUUCCAAAGGAUCCAGAGUGUUCAUUCUUGUUCGGUGAUCUACCUAAAUUUAAAUCUGCUUUUUGGAAUACGAAAUUGACCUCAGUUUAUUUAACCAAGUAUUUAAUUGAAAAUGCUGCUUAUCAUCAAAUUAAAUCCGGUGUUCAUGUAUUUUGGCUCGGGUGGUGGCCCUUUGUUUUCAUUAAUGAUCACAAGUCUGUUGAGGCGUUGAUUAGUAAAAGUCACAUAACUAAGCCCUAUUUAUAUAGAUUUAUUGGACUAAAGGAAGGGUUGGUCACUUCGAAAGGUGAAAAGUGGAAAAUGCGACGAAAAAUGAUUGAACCUUUUUUUGUUAGUAAACAACAGAAAAGAUUUGCAGUAACUAUGGACGAAGUGUUUGAUUCGUUGAUAAAUAAGGACGAUUUUUGUGAAGAGGGAAAAUAUUCAACUCUAGCGGAUCAAAUUCAUCUAUCAACAUUCAAUAUCGUUUUUAAAGUAACCGCAGAUUUACCGAUAGAUGUUGAAAUAGAGGAAAAACUUCAUGUUAUAGAAGCCAUCGAAUUCAUGGAAAUGAUAACAAUAGAGAGAAUGUGUAAUCCUCUUUAUUGGAGCGAUCAAAUUUUCUAUUUAACAAAAUUGGGUAAAAAGGUUAUAAGAAUGACCAGUAGAGCUUACAAAUUCGUAGAAAAUGCUAUUAUCAGAAAUUUAGAUGAAAACUCCAAUGAAAUCGAUCAGUCUGAUAAGUCGAGCGCGUUUUCAUCAUUCAAUUUGGUGAAUAUGUUAUCUAGUUCUAGCAGAGGUAAAAUCGAUUUAGAAGGAAUCAGCGAAGAGUUGACUACAACGGCUGCAGCGGGACAUGAGACCACGGCCACUGCUCUCAACUUGACACUAUUCAUCUUGGGAAAUCGUCUGGAGAUCCAAGAAAAGUUGUACCAAGAAAUUUCAUCGGUGUUUGAUGACAAUGAAUCUGUGAAUGAUAUUGAAAAGGUAAAUAAGUGCGAGUAUCUUGAUAAGUGUAUCAAAGAGUCAAUGAGACUUUACCCGCCAAUACCGAAGGUCGCAAGACAAUUGGAUGAGCCAAUGGAGAUUAAUGGUUAUUAUCUACCGAAAGGAUCUGCAAUCGGAUGUAACAUGUUCAGUAUCCAUCGAGAUCCUCGAAUUUAUCCCAACCCGACCGAAUAUGAUCCAGAGCGUUUUGACCCUUCAAAUUUACCAAACAUUCCCAAAGGAGCUUAUAUACCUUUCGGAGUGAUGCCAAGAAAUUGUAUCGGUUAUCGAUUUGCUUUAAUCGAAAUGAAAAUUUUUCUUAUUCAUUUGAUAAGAAGAUAUGAAAUUUUCUCAGCCAAGAAACUCGAAGACGUUUCUUUUAAGAUGGAAUUCACUUUAAAACCUUCAUGUCCAUUGAAAAUUAUGCUCCGCAAACGUAUCAUUGAUGGUGAUUAAUGCAACAAGAAAUUUAAAAUCAUAGAGAUCCAAUAAUCACCAGGUUAUGUUAAUAGUUUUGUAAACAAAGUUUAUAUUAUUAAUAAAAUACAAUCUUAAUUGUUAGGAUAAAAAAGUGAACAAAUGAAUCUAAUUGUUAUCUCAUAAUUUAAGUUCGGAUAAUUUAACAGUAAUAGAGACGAGGGCCAAAAAGUUUAUGAAAUAAAAUUUGCUCCGUUUCGUUAAUCAAUUUUUGAUAAAAAAUUCAAGUGCUUAUAACUUCAAUCUUUCAAUCCACUAUUUGCGAAACGGAAACGGAAAACAAGUUAGCUAAAAAGUAAUAAUUUCUCACAAAUACUCUUGAUUGUUGUGGUUUAAUGCAAGUCACUAAAUACAAAUUGUUAUUUAUCGAAAUAAACGAUUCACGACAUUAUGUCAGAAUCUUUUCAUGUUGAUCUUUCCAUCGGAAUAUGUUAUCAUCAAUCUAA